AUGUUUUCCCCCUACCAAGACCUGAACUUCUUCAUCCUCCUGCUGGAGCAGGGGGAUUGCUCUCUCGAGGAAUAUACUGAGCUAUUCCUCCACCUCGCCAACGACUCCCGGUACCCGGACAGCUUUCUGUGUGGAAUUUACUUCCGCAGACUUAACAUCUCCAGUCAGGCGCAGCUGUACGGGAGCGGUCCUCGGGAGAGCAUUGCCGCUCACGUCGAGUGGGUGCUGGUGUCAUCUCUGAGUUUGGAGCGAUGUUCACGGAGAACUUCAGAUAACCAGGGGGCAGAGGGAGUUGGCCGGGCAGGUUUGGUUGUUAGAGGACAGAAAGAGUCCAGGCAGGAUGUUAGCGUGGAGCAGAGGGUAUUGGUAGCAGUGUUAACAUCUAGUAAAGAGAACCGGUUAGGAGGAGGGAGUGACAGUGACACUGCAGAGGAAAGACAGGUUGACGAGAGUGUGCGUGGAGAUGUGCUGGGGCGUGGGCAUCACUUGUGUUGCAAACGCUGUCGUUGGAUCAUCGUCGAAUCUGUGCUUGAGCAUUCCCGCCUGAGGUGUUGUUCAUCGGAUCUGAGUGUUUGGCGUCUGUGCUUCGGAUUGCUCUCAGCUGGAUGUCGUAAGAGGGAGGACACACUCGAGCUGCACUCGCUGGUGUCGGAGCUGGAGGCUGUGGAGAAGCAGAUCGGCGUUCUCCAGGUGAAGCAGGCCCAACUCAGGAAGCGGAUAGCUUUGCUUGAAACUUCCCGUUCUGAGGCCCGUGCUUCCGAGGUUAGUCCGCGGCGCGACACUAACACUACCCCCAUCACCUCGACUCCGUGUGUUUCUCUGUCCAGGCUCACUGCAACCAGGUCUCAGACCGCUCGGGUGUCGUUCACCCCGAUGCCCGGGCACCGGGAUCCCUCCUGGUUGCAGCCGCGACGGCCACGAGCCAGAGCCUCCCCUCCGCCGGCCUUCGAGAUCUCGACGCAGAACCGCUUCGCCACCCUCUGCGAGAAGGAUCCAGAGGCUGUCAUCAUCGGUGCCGGAGAUCGUGACCGAGCUCACCGGCGCUGUGGUCGUGCACGCGGGGGUGAACGACAUCCGGCAGCGGCAAUCUGAGGUUCUGAAGAGGAAUCCGCAGCGCCGCGCCCGAGACGCAGAUAAUCAUGUCCGGACCGCUU